AUGCUAGGAAAUAUCCGCGCUACAGAAGCAGACGAUGAAACGGUUGAAGUGUCACUCAAGCUGGACUUUUUUCAAAACUCUGAAUCCAAAACCCCUUCGCAGGCGCGCACGCAGAACGGAUCCGAACACUCACAAAAGUCCCUAUCAAUUGCCUCGGAACCACAAACAAACGAGGCGCAGAAAGAGGCCACACGCGACUCAGCUGCACAACCGGAGAUGUUUUUGACGAGCGAAGGUGACGCAAGCUUGGCUCAAGAACAGCAAGACAAGGAACCUGAGGAUACUGCACAUGGGAGACUUUUGCAUAAAGGACUUGUACAUACUCCUAAAAGGUUUCCUACACGAAACAAGUUGCCUAUUUCACGGCAAGAAUCCACUGCACAGUUCCAACCAAUGAAGCUAUGCGCCCAAACCACAGCAGCUAUCCACGACAAUGCAUGA